AUGGAAGCGGUAUUUCUAUUGCAGGUUUUCCUACUGGGGAUUAGCAAUGCGUUUAUAUUAGGUGCCAAUUCCUGCAAGUCCCCACCUGUGGCCUCUGGAUUUCGGAAUGAGAGAUAUAACGGACUAUGGUACGAAGUGUCUAAAGCACAGACCGCUGGCGGAGGGUUCUUCGAGAAAGACUGCGUGUGUACGACGAUAGACGUCCAACCAGAUCCCUCCUCAACAUCCGGGGACUCCAAGGCCAUCAACAGCUGCAGGAAACUGGCGCCAAGUGGAGAUUUUAUGAACGCCACAGGAUCACUAACAAACGAGGGUCCGCUGGGUCACUGGAAAGAAGGCUUCUUCCCUGGAGCACCUAAAGCAGAUUACACUAUAAUCUACCUAACAGAUAAUGUAGCAAUUGAGUAUGACUGCAGCUCCUUUCUGGGCCUCAUUACGAACUACUGCAUCCACAUCCUGUCUCGAAACCCCACCCUCACCCCUGACGAGGAGAACGCCGCCAUUAAAUACGCCGAGAGUUUAGGAUUAAAUACUCAGAAUUUACCUUAUCAUAAAACCUUACAAUCGGGGUGCUGGUGAUCUCAAUGCCUUGAAACACCGCAUAAUUAUACCCGUACAAUU